GUGGCAUCAUUUAGUUUGUCCGCCAUCAUUUGAUAGAAAUAAGAAGGCAAUCAGUGUGUGGCAAAAUCUUUGAUUUUUGUAAAAAUGUGUGCGUGAAAAUAUAAUUGAAUUUAAAAACUUUUUAACAAUACUGAACGGUUUUUGAAUUGAAUUACAUAGAAGUCACCGGUGUUUAAAAAGAAUUUGCUGUAAUAUUGAAGUAAUCAGUUUAACAAAUUACUCCAAGCAUUAUGUCGUACCCAUCUCGCGCACCUAUACCACCUUAUAUGAAUCCGACUAUACCACCUCCUCAUAUGAUGCCUCCUAUACCAUCAGCAAGGAAUUAUAGAAGUUCUGCUACUAUCAGCUCCCAGCCCACAGUUUACCAACGUUUACCUGAUCCGGUUCCCCAGUUUCGUGGUCCAAUUAUUACGGUUUUUGUGGGAAAUAUAAGUGAACGAGUGCCUGAAGCGUUGAUCAAAAGAAUAUUGGCAGCUUGUGGUGUAGUGGUGAAUUGGAAACGAGUUUCCACUUUUGGUUUUUGUGAAUAUGACGGGCCUAAUGCGGGUAUGCGAGCAGUACGUCUUCUAAGUGAACUGGAAUUAGAUGGGAAGAAACUUGUGGCUAAAGUUGAUGCGAAAAAUAAACUUCUUUUAGACAAUUACAAGGAAGAAGAAUUGAAAAACGGAAUCAAUGUUUCUGCGGUAGACGAGAAAUCAGAAGAUGAUUAUGUUCUUAGUCAAAUGAGAAAAAUACUUGAUGAGCAUAAGCAUGAAUUCGAUGAAUUUGAUUCCAAUUCUCGUGGUGACGUAUUCGGAGGUAGAAUAAAUAAAUCUAAAAUGGCUCGGACGGAAGAUAAAAUGACAAAAGUCCUUAACGAAACUAAUCUAGAAGAGGAAAAGAGAAAUUUGAUUAGCAGCGAAAUCGGAAAAUUCAGAAAAAGGGCAGAGGCCGAUGAACACAGAAAAGAAAAGGAAAAAGAAAAAUUGAGAGAAAAGGAGAAGGAUAAGGAUAGAGAAUAUGAAAAAGAAAGAGAAAAGGAUCGAAAACCUGAUGUUAUUAAAGACGAUAUAAGUGACGAAGAUUGGGAUGCUACAGAAAAAAAGGUCCCACUUGAUAAAGUCGAAAGAGUGACCAGUCGAAAGGACCGCCACUCCAGCAGCGUGUCACCCAACAGAAAGGAUAAGGAACGGGAAAGCAGAAGAAGAAGAAGUAAGUCUCGUUCGCGCGAAAGAGAACGUGACCGAGAAUACAGGGAACGCGAAAGAGAGCGAGAGCGGGAACGGGAGCGUGAAAAGGAACGUGAAAGAGAACGCGAACGUGAACGUGAACGUGAAAGAGAAAGAGAAAGAGAAAAGGAGCGUGAAAGGGAACGAGAAAGAGAGCGUGAACGUGAACGAGAACGAGAAAGGGAACGAGAAGAAAAAAUUGUAAAAAAUAUUAAAGAUCUACAAAGAGAAAAAGAAGUUGAGGAAGAACUAAGAGAACGUAAGAAAGCUGAAAAAAAGGCCAGAGAAAAAGAAGAAGCUUACCAAGAAAGACUAAAAAACUGGGAGUUAAGGGAAAAACGAAAGGCGAAAGAGUACGAAAAGAUACGAAUUAAGGAUAAAAUGAAACUAGAAGAGCGUGAGAAGGAAGCCAAAAGACUUAAAGAAUUCGUUGAAGACUAUGAUGAUGAAAGAGAUGAUCAUAAAUAUUAUAAAGGUCGAGAACUGCAGAGAAGGUUAGGAGAUCGCGUCCGAGAAGCAGAUCUUGACGCUAAGGAUCGCAAUAAAGAACAGGAAGAAUUGGAAGAACUGCGAAAUAAAAUAUUCAGUGGGGAAUAUGAGAAUCCUUCACAAGAAUAUGAGAGGGCAAAGAAGGAACACGAAAAAUUGUAUAAACCUCAAAUAUUAAUUGAUGUAAAUUUGGAAAAUAUUCAACGGAAAGAACGUGAGAAGGAGCGUAUUAGAGAAAAAUUACAAUCAAUUGAAAGCAAACGACUCUUACUUGAUGUUAAUUCAAACGAUGAAGGAGAAAUAAAUGCUCUAUCAAAAUCAUAUUCUAUAGAGUCAAUUUCAAACGACGAUGCGAAUUCUCGAGCUGAUUCCACGUCAAAUAUAGAGACCAACUACAGUCGCCAUGGUUCUGAGUCACGAGAUUUUGUACCUGUCGUGAAUACUCAUGCAACCAGCUCGACACCAUCGACCACAUUACAGAGUGUAACCAAUUCCAGAUCUCAGAAGACAGAUGUUACCACGCCGCCCACACAAGCAACCGUUAUUAGUCUUAAUUUAGGUGCUAACUCAAAAAAAAAGAAAAUUGAGGCGACAGGAGUUUUUAACGCUGACGAGGAUAUGGACGAUGAAAAUAACUCAAAGAGACGGAAAUUGGUUCCAUUGGAUUAUGAUGACAAUCAAUCAAGAAGUGGAGGAAGUACAGCACAGACAGACCGCCAAAAUUCAAAUAUCGGAAAACUUAAUUCGAAAAAACAUGGUAAGAAUGAUACUGCCAGUCAAGAAACAGUGAAUAACAAAAAGGAGGAAAAUAAUACUAGGAUACAUGAUGAAAAACGGCGUCAUAUUAAGAGCAUUAUUGACAGGAUUCCUACACAAAAGGAGGAUUUGUUUAAUUAUAAACUUGAUCGAAAUGAAAUCGACAACAACCUUAUGGAACGAAAAAUUCGGCCAUGGAUAAAUAAAAAGAUUAUUGAAUAUAUUGGGGAGCCCGAACCGACUCUUGUGGAUUUUAUAUGUUCAAAGGUGCUUGCUGGAAGUUCACCUCAAAGCAUUUUGGAUGAUGUGCAAAUGGUCCUAGACGAAGAAGCAGAAGUAUUCGUUGUUAAAAUGUGGAGAUUGCUGAUUUAUGAAGUAGAUGCAAAAAAAAUUGGGAUAGGUAAAUAAUUUGUGUAAUAUUAAGUUGCAUAUUUAUAUAAAUAAAAUAAAA